AGGUCUCCGGAACGCGACGGUUUGCUUUGGCUUGGUGGCGUGUGCUUUUCUUAUUUAUUUAUUUUUUUCUCUUUUUGCAUAUACUCACCCGAGGCGUUUGCACGCGCCGAAUUGCUCCGCGGGACUGAGCGUGGCGCAUCCCCAGGGCGACCCCUACUUCUUUCCCACGGCGGCUUGCUCAGAUCCCCACGCCGUCCCUUGCGCGCUUCUCCCGAUGCCUCUUUUGCUCGGCCUGACCGCCCGGUGAGCCUCCCUCCUUCCCUUCCGUCCCCCCGUCGAGGAUGGAUCAUUCCCAGUGGCUCGUGACUAUUUACGCCUUGGUAGUUCUCCUGGGGCUCCGUCUGGAGCGAGGCGCUUGCCAGCACUACCUGCACAUCCGCCCUGCGCCGAGCGACAACUUGCCCCUGGUGGAUCUAAUCGAGCACCCGGACCCUAUCUUCGACCCCAAGGAGAAGGACCUCAACGACACGCUCCUGCGCAACCUCCUGGGCACCCACUUCGACGCCAACUUCAUGGCGGUCUCCCUGGCCGACGAUCGCCUGGGAGGGGACGACCUGGCCGAGCUGGACCUGCUGCUGCGGCAGAGGCCGUCGGGGGCCAUGCCCAGCGAGAUCAAGAGCCUGGAGUUUUACGACGGUGGCCUGCAGGCCAGCAAGAAGCACCGGCUGAGCAAGAAGCUUCGCCGGAAGCUGCAGCUGUGGCUGUGGUCGCAGACCUUCUGCCCGGUCCUCUACACGUGGAACGACCUGGGCAGCCGCUUCUGGCCCCGCUACGUCAAAGUGGGCAGCUGCUUCAGCAAGAGGUCGUGCUCCGUCCCCGAAGGGAUGGUCUGCAAGCCGGCCAAGUCGGUGCAUCUGACCAUCUUGAGGUGGAGGUGCCAGCGCCGAGGCGGGCAGCGCUGCACGUGGAUCCCCAUUCAGUACCCCAUCAUCGCCGAGUGCAAAUGCUCCUGCUAG